AUGAAUGAAAUAACUGUAACAUCAUAUCACAAUACAAUAUGUUUAAAAUGUAAUACAGUUUGUCAUGAACGAUGUUCAUUAACAGAAACAACACGAGUUGGUGAACGUGUUUUUCGACGUUGUACAGUUAUUGUUAAUGGUCGAUGUACUGUAUGUGCUGGUAAAUGUUCUUAUGAUAUACAUUAUCAUGAUCGACGUCUUAUUAAAAGUGUUCCAAGAACAUUAAAGGUAGCUAUAUCAUCCAUGGCAAAUAAAUAUGCGGAAGCACGAAAAGAUAAAGCAGCUUGUGAAACAAAAUGUGAGACGGUUCAAGAAACAAAACGUGUCAUUGAACAAUCAUUACAAGAACAAUUUACUAAAGUACGUGAUGCAUGUUUACGUGUAAGAAGUAAUUGUCAAGGCUUUAAUGUAGCCGAAGAAUUAUGUAUAUUUGUUAAUUUUCUUAAAAAUGAUAUGAGUUCAUUACGAUCAUCAUCAGUUAAGAGAAAAGCAGCAAAAUUUGUUGAAAAACUUGAAACACUUGCAGAUGAUUUGCAAGAUGAUGACUCUUUAAUAUCUAUAAUUGAACCACCGUCAACAUCAGCAAUACAUCCACCAAUGUCACCUUCAGUUGCUGCUAAACGAAAAACGACCAACAAUAAUAAUAAUAGUAAUAAUAAUAACACUAAUAAUAAUAAUAAACAACCUUUAAAACCAUCUCAACAACAACCAACAUCAACAGUAAAUGACGAUUUGAUUUUACUUAAUCCAUCACCUACUUCAUGUGUAAUGGCACAAGUUGAUCAUAUUCUAAGUGGUUCAUUUAGUUCAUUAAAUGUAAUUGGUGAUGAUCCAUCAACUGAAGAUGAUGAACAGCGAAGGAAAAAAGUAUCAACAGUUGCUAUAUCAGAUUCGCUUCUUCGUAAUCAAUCUAUUCAACAGCAACAGCUAUCAUCGGAGUCAACUGAUAGUCGUAAAUAUGCUGAAUAUUCAACUGAACGUCUUGUUGCUCUAAGUCGUGAAUCCACUGAAGAAUACAAAUUAAUUGCAAAAGAAUUGAAUCGACGCUGUGGUGGUACAUCAAUUGGUUAUUUAACACCUGCACAAUUAUCUAUAUUAUGUGAAUACUAUGCAUCAUCUCGAAUGUUACAAUUGGAUGAACUUAUUCGUGUACAUUCCCAACUUCAAUUAGAUAUACAGCAAUUAACUGAUCAUGAUCCAUUCGAAAUACUUUCUGUGCCAACAGAUAAAUUAUUACAUUUAGCUGCUGUUUCACUUUGUUUACAAAACGCUAAUAAAUACCAAUAA